AAUAUUUACGGAAGUGGAGGAACUUCACAGGAAGACAGUACGACAGCGGUUUGACGACCUUCCUCUUGGUGGUAUGCGAACAUGCAGACAGACGAGCACGUUUCAUGUCUGAAAACUGAUUUGUUCGACUCCUCCGGGACUUUCCGUGUUCUUGUCGGAGUAACAGGAAGCGUCGCAGCCUUGAAGCUACCUCUUUUGGUCUCCCAGCUUCUUCAGCUCCCCGGGGUGGAUGUAAGAGUGGUAACUACAGAGCAUGCCAAGCACUUCUACAAUCCUGCAGAGGUUUCCGUAAAAAUCUACACUGACAAAGAUGAGUGGGAGCUGUGGACCAAGAGAUCUGACCCUGUGCUACACAUUGAGCUACGGCGCUGGGCAGACCUGCUUGUCAUCGCCCCCCUUGAUGCCAACACUCUUGGAAAGAUUGCAAGUGGCAUUUGUGACAAUCUGCUGACAUGUGUGGUGAGAGCCUGGGAUACCAGCCGUCCUCUCCUCUUCUGCCCUGCUAUGAAUACGGCUAUGUGGCUGCAUCCCAUUACAGCACAGCAGGUGUCCAAGCUGAAAGAGUUUGGAUAUGUGGAAAUCCCCUGUAUUGCCAAGAAGCUUGUGUGUGGAGAUGAAGGUAAAGGUGCCAUGGCGGAGGUGUCGACUAUUGUCCACGCUGUCAAGCAGUAUUUACAGAAACCAGAUGAGUCAUCUCAGAAAACAUGAACGUCACAUCAUAUUGUGCAUUCCAGCUGACACCAAAGACCAAUACAAAACAAACACGACUGCUUGCCUUCAAAUUUAUGUCCGGACUUUCAAGAUCCUACACACCCAUGGUAAACUCUCACAGCUGCUCUCACCUAUUUCACCCGACAAGUCCUCUUUUUUAGGAUUGUGUGGUGGGUGUGUCCAGGAAUUGACUGGCAUCUGCCUGAUUCUUCUGUUCGUCUUGUUGCACCUGUUAGGGCAGGACUUGUUUACCCUUUGCAUUCGUACUUGAACUGUGAAAAUCUCAUGUAGUUCCUUGCUUAGAGUGAUCAAACUGCAACAUCUGGAGCCGGCUCACUCCUGGAGCGGUUUUUAAUACCACCUAUUCAUCACAGCAGCGUCAUUGAUGAGCGGUCGGAGAGAGGUUUACGAUCAGAUGAUAAAGGUCAUUUAAACCGCCCAACUUUUAAAUGUUUGAUUGUGCAUUUAGUUUCCAAAGCAGCACUUUAUUAAUGUCAUAUCAAUUAGCAUAUAUAGGUUCAUGUGUGAAUUGACUCUUUAUAGUUGUUGUUUAUUGAGCAUCGAUGAUGUGAAGGUGAUGAAGAAAUUCUCCGCCGAUACCGUGUUGUUGGUAUAUAAAAAGGUUAGCUGCAACAAGUCCGGUAUCUCCGACGCCAUGGUUUGCCUGUGAGAGGAUUCAAAGCCAAAGAGAAUCACCCUCCAAAACAACCGUAACUACUGGCUUAUAUAGGGGGCUGUUUACGUAAACCUAAGACAAAACAUAUGGUUCAUAUCACGAGGGGAGCCGUUCUCUAGACAAAGAGGCACCUCUCCUGCAGUACCCAAACCUUUGACCUAGGGACCCCUAGCUAAACAUACCAAACCCAUGAGGUGGAAACAUCAGAUACCACACACUGACUGUGCUUACUGUAUUUUACAUAUUUCCCUCACCCCGUACUUCAAAGGUAGCUGGCAGAGAAAUGAUGCACCGCUGCCAACCUUUUGAAAAGAGUGAUAUCAAAUGGACAGUUUGACAAACCUGUUUAAUUACGUGUCCCACCUGGCUUUCAAGGGCGUUCUCCGACUUUCUGUGUCACUGUUUAUUUUGUCUGUAUUAUUGGCUCAGUAAACAAUACAGAUGUGCUUUUAUGGGGAAUGAUAUGUUUAAUGCGGGCGUAUUGUUGCGUGUCAAAUACCAGUACAAAUACCAACUCAAAUAAAGGCAAAACAUUGUACCUGUUGUUACAAGGUCACUGUGAACCCUGCACACACUUUUAAAUUAUACACAUUGCAAUUAAGAAUAAAUUAAGCAUUUCCGAUCCUGAUUCUGAAUUGAAAGCACAGCUAAUAAAAAGAUCCACAUCCAUUGUGUCA